AUGCAGAACAACCUCACGGCCACAUGGUGUCUCACCGCACCCAAGGACAGACGAUCGGAGGCCUUUAUCUUCACGUACUCCACGGAGGGGGUUCAAGCUUCCGGACGCGACUGGGCAUGGCUUUCUGGGCGAGACCUACAAAACUGGAACUGUGCUCUGAAAUGGCAGCUCCUGGCGAGGGGAGACAAGGGGCUGGCACCUUGCGCCGGCAUCGUUGCGGAACUGGUCCGAGACCUCAGCGAAGCGAACCAAAAGCUCCUGAACAAGCUGAAGGAGCAAACACAGGCGACCGAGCAGGCCAAGGCAGAGCUGGCUUGCAUUCGCAUGCCAAGGGGAGGGAAGAAGCGGCAGGGGCGGGGAGAACGAUUCACAUGCCAGGCCGAAGCAUCAAAGUACAAGCUCGAAGAGCGCGAUGCAGAGGCGAAAGUGGCAAAUCUGCGAGCCUACGAGGUGUCCGAGGCCUACCGGGUCGGGAACCUGGCGGAAUAUCGGACAGCCAACUGCGAGAAGGAGGCGGCCCUCGAAGCCAAGGAGAGCAUGAAGAAGCUUCUGUCCAUGCAGGAGGUGAGCUUCCACGAAGAGGUGAAGCGAAUGGAGGCCACUGGAUUCUCCAUUUCCCCUUCUCAAGCACCCGGCACCAUGCUGAAGGCGAGCGCAGCGACGGCCCAGAAGAGCUUCCACGAAGAGGUGAAGCGGAUCCGUGCACAGGAGAAGACAACCGAGUUGCGGGCUCUUCAGCGCGAGAUCGAGGCAAGCGGAGCCCAGAUGAGAACAGAAUUGCAGUCGUUCCGGCAGCUCGACCGAGACGCCGCCGUUCUCCGCUCCGACAAGGCGCGGCUGCUGGAAGCGAACCAGCGGCGCCGCAAUGAGCACCAGGCCCUUAGAGCCGAGCAUGAGGACCAUCUACGGCUGCUGAAAGAAGAGUUGGCGGAGAAGGACAAGAGACUCCGAGGGAUGGAGGAAGCUCAAGAGAGCAGAAUCGCCACAAUGGCGAGGAUCGAGGAGUCCGUCCAGGAGAUGGAGCAUCAUACCGUGGACCUGCUGGCGACGAAGAUCAAGCUUGAAGAGGAGGUCCAGACCUCCCGGGAAGAUCAGGAGCGAUUGGCGGAGCUGCAGGACCUCCAGCUGACUUUCGACCUGAACGUUCUGGCCAGCUCAGUCAGACCAUUUGUGCACUCUGAGAAAGGCUCUGGAGAUCCAGAGCCUCCGCGCUUCGCUGGAGACAGCGGAGCUGAUCAGAACCGCACUUCGGCAGCAGCUGUUGGCCACGUCGCAGCGGAGCCCUUUCAGUCCUAUCCCGACCACAAGCCGCCUCCCGACCGAAUUCGAAGCCGCCCCAACUUCGCCGGUGCUCCGGUCCCUACAGAAGUGCCCAGCGAGGAGGUGGUGCAGCCAGAAUUCGAGCUUGAACGACUGCGGAAGGAGCUUGAGACAGUGAGGGCCACCGCCUCAGCUGAGACCUUGGCCGCUGCGCGCAAGGAGCUGCUGAAGGAGCGGCAGCGGUGGGACGCUGAACGAGCGGAGCUGCAGCGCAGCCUGGAGGAAGCCGAGCGGAAAUCCGAUUCGAGAAAUGUUGAAGGCGCAGCCCAGCUCGACCUUUUGUCUGCCGGGCAGUGGCUGGCGCAGCUCCUGGAGCCCCAGGCGGAGAGCCGGAAGUCUCCAGAGGUUUUGCUGGACUUGGCGGGUGCCUGGACCCCCCUGGCACAUGAGCUGCCGCGGCGGCAAAGAGGGUGUGUGCACUCCCUUCACUUCGGCAUGUUCUUCGGAGAUGACAGGCAGACUCCGCUGAAGCUGUCGUCUGCGCGGCUAUGUCCAGAGGCACUGUCUUGGGCUCCUUCCAGCACCGAGGCUUUUGCUGCAGGAAGCGGCAUCGACAGGCCAGCCCUUCAAGCAGACCUGUGUCGUGCGCACGAACGAUUUCUUGCGGACGUCUUCUUGCCAUGGGCAAAGGCGCAGGAAACCUCGGAGAGCCGGGGCGUGGCUUGGCUGCUGUGCAACGAUGGCGAGGCCUUCACCCUUGGCCAGGCGAUGCUGGCUUUCGGGAAGGCUCCCGGAUCCGACGAGAGGUGGCGCAGCCGCGUCCUCGUCGUCGACCGAGCCAAGUCCAACGAGUCCGAGCCGGCCGUGGAGGCCCUGGCACUUGCCGAGGGCGCUCGGCGAAUGGUCUUCGACAUGUUGCUGAAAUUCUACAACUCCAAAGACAUUCGGCUGGAGGAGAUCGCGUACGUUGCUAUUGACGAGGCUGACUUCCUCCUGACCCAGGGCUUCGAUGACUUGUACAAAAUUCUGGACCUAGUGGACCAGGAUUCGAGGCACAAGCGCCAGAUGCGCUACUCCUUGAUAACUGCCAGCAUCACGAAGCCCUUGUGGAAGAUUUUCCAAGAAGAUCCCCGAUUUAGGACGCUGAAAAUACUGGAGUCCAGAUCGCUUCACAGGCCGCAGGCAAACUGCUCCCACACCAUGGUGCUGACGAAGGGGCGCUGCAAAGUGAGAAUGCUGGUGCAGCUUGUCCAGAGAGACCUCGGGGAGGAAAGUCUCCGUCGGGGGAUGAAGCCGAGGCAGACCAUGGUCUUCUGCAACACCCUCUCCUCUUGUAAGUCUGGGGCCUACUGGGGCCUGGGCCUGGGGUUGAGGGUGCGGGGAUGUCCAGGCCAUCGGGUCUAG